AUGGCGCCUCAAAAGCCCAAUGCAGGGGCUCUUCUCAACCAGACGCUUGAUGAAAUGGUCAUCGCGAUCGGGAAAGCCUUUCGCGAUGCCAAACGGGACGGCACAGGAACCGGCACCGAGGCCGCUGCGGCUUUCGCCCAGCGUGUUCCAGAUAUUACCUAUAAGUGGCAUUCCAUCUUGGAUGACAUCGAAUGCGACAUUCUCCGGGCCAAAGCUGUCCUCACUCGGGACCUCAACCAAGCAAGAGCUGCUCGUGCACCACCUGCUCCCGAUCCUCGACCAGUAGCUCCACCAGCACCCAUGGCCCUAGACAUCGAGUCCCCUAAGAUGGCCAAGAAACCCCCCGUCGGACCGCAGUCCCUCCAGACCCCUCUGCCCACACAAGGACAGGCGAAGCCUCUCACGAAGCCGGUUGCACCAUUCCCAAACAUGGGUGUCGAACCCACAGCCCCUGGGUCCCCCUCUCUUUUGAAUGUGAAGCACAUGCAAAAGCCUAUGGCCAAUCAGCCCACAAAGCCCAUUGGCCGACCCGGCGCUCCCAAUGCUGCCCCAGGCAGGCCGAUGAGCGUGCCGCCUAAUAACCCUCCCAAUCAAGUGCCUCAGAUCCAGCGCCCAGCCAGCGCCAUCGCGGUGCCGCAGCACCCACAGACGCCGCAGAUGAAGACGGUGGUACCGGCUGCUACAAUGACUCCUCAGGGCCCGAAGCCGGCUGUUCCUGCGCCGAAUAUGGCGCCUACUGCCCCCCCUCCCGGCGGGAAGGCAGCCGGAAAUCUAUACGCGAAUAUGACGUUCUCCCCGGUCUCUCCAGCAAGUCCGGGGAUGCAGAGGAAACAGGCCGCGGUGAGAGGUCAACUUACGCAGUUACAGCAACAUCAGCUGCAACUACAACAGCAGCUUCAAUAUCAGCCACAACCUGCUCAGCAACCACAACCUCAACAAGUUCAGAUCCCGCAGCAGCAACAGCAACCACAGCAAAUACCUCAGCCUCAGCCUCAGCCGCAACCGCAGCCGAUCCCCGCUGCAGAUAUGACCCCCGCUGCCAUUCCUAACGGUUCAGCCCCCCAGGAAAUACAAAAUAACAUUAAUCAUCCUCCCCCAUCUAACGACGACCUCGAAACCAAAAUCGAUGGGCUGUUUGACCUCGGUCCGGGCAGUAUGGACAACCUGAACUUGGAAUAUGACCUGAGCGGGGAUGGAGACAACAAUGAGGGGAGCAGCAAUUUUAAUGAUAUGUACUUUGGAAAUGACACUGGAGGAGGUAGCGGUGGCAGUGAGGGGUUUGGGGAUGGGGGCUGGUAA